AUGCAUGGUGGAGACUACGGCAGAGCACUGCACGUAGCUUCAGCUAAAGGCCUCGAUCAGGUAGUCAAGAUACUGCUCGACCGCAAGGCCGAUGUCAACGCGCAAUGUGGAUACUACGGCAACGCACUGCAAGUAGCUUCAUUUGGAGGCCAUGAGCAGGUAGUCAAGAUGCUGCUCGACAAGGGCGCCAACGUCAACGCGCAGGGUGGAUACUACGGCAACGCAUUGCAGGCAGCUUCAUACGGAGGCCACGAGCAGAUAGUCAAGUUGCUGCUCGACGGCAAGGCCGACGUCAACGCACAAGGUGGAGACUACGCCAACGCACUGCAGGCAGCUUCAGCUGGAGGCCACGAGCAGAUAGUCAAGUUGCUGCUC